ACCUUUUGUUGCUUCUUGCACAUUAUUCUUCUUCAUCGCUAUACCAGAUAAUCCUUUUGUUCUGCCGUUAUGACGCACGUGAAAUUGGUUCUGGGCCUGGCUGCCGCUACCCUUGUCUCAGCCGAGAACAUUGUCACUACCCUAUUUAUCCCGGAUACCGACGCCGAGUCAUUGGCAGGCUCAGUAAUGGGCGUGGCUGCAACUGCUACUACCUACUUUGUCAACUGUCCGACCGCUACUGGUAAUAAUGAUGAUGAUGACGAUGAUGAUGACUGCGGCAUGGGACCCGGUAUGACGAUUGUUGCGGGCCCUCAAACCACCAACUAUUUCCUGGGGGAGCCAGAAGAUGAUGUGUAUAUGUCCAUGGCUUGUUCGGUGCAAGGGAUUACUUAUGGGGUCUGCACCGAGAUGAUUUCGGGUACGGGGGCGGAUUUCACUGGGACCUAUACCACGACCAUGGGCACUGAUGACCUCUGCUGCUUUGUGCCCGUGACCAUCACUGCGGGCACGCUGACCGGUGCUGGAGAUGCCAUCUCCCCUGCAACGGUACUGGCCACUGGAACGGCUACCCCUACCAUCCCUGAUGCUUCCGCUACCGGCACGGACACGGCAAUCAGCGACAAAUCGGCUACUGCCACUGUCGCUUCCACUACCACUCACGAUAGCACGACCCAGAGUAGCACCGGAGCUGCGGCAUUCAUUACCCAUGAUUCGAUUCUGCUCCUUGGAGGUGCUGCAGCGGCUGUUCUUGUGGCGGUGGCUUUGUGAAAUAUGAUAUCUUACCUAGAAUGCUUCCCGUUGUUCGGUGUACUAUUCG